CGCAGCCGCAGCCCCGGCCGGGCGGUACCGACAGGCGGCGCCGCCGCGGCGGGCCCAGUUGAUCGCCAGCAAUUAAUGCCAGCGGGCUCUCUUCGUACAAAGAAGCUGGCAAGAAAACCUGGAUACAUGAGGCCAGAAGCUCAGCGACAGAUCGAGUUCCAGUCCGCGGGUGCCUGUGCAGGGUGCAGCCCAGCAGAGCUCCAGCAUGGCAGCCAGCUCUGCGGAGGCCCCCAGGGCUGUGCUCUGCACAGACAGUGCCAAAAUGACUUGGAGUUCCUGCGCUGUAGUGCAGCGAGUAGUGCUGUAGCUCCUGCUAAUGGGGUGACAACCUUGGCCGCUACUGGGAACGCUCCAGGAUGCUGUGAAAAUCUUUCCUGUUGCAAUGGUCCACGGUCAGAUAGCACAGGGACAGGGGUCUGCCCUGCUGCCACAACAGGCAAAGGAGAUGCUUCUGCUGUGUGCUGUACGUGGCAGAAAAGCCGCGGCACCAAAGUGAGCAAGCCCCCAAACAUGUAUGCUUUGGAUCAGACAGAAGUGAAUAACAACUGUGAAUAUCAAAAUAGAGAUGGUAUUUCUCAUUCUGCCGGUGCACAGGAUAGCUUUAGAUCAAGUUUCAGCUUCAUACAGCUCUCCCUGAACGCAGCCUCUGGAGUAAAUGAUGUGGAAGGCAAAUCUAUUGAGGAAGAUGAGAUUGUUCUGCAUCCCAAAACCACAGGCAAUCUGCAGAAGCCAGAAGAGAUGGCACAAACUCAUGAGCACUUGGGAGAUUUGUGUUGCUCCUCCAGUUCUGGUGAAGAUUUGCAGCAUGAACGUGAGAGCCCAGUAAAUAACAAAUUACAGGACUGUGAGUCUGUCUCUCUCUUGGAUAUAGAUGCAACAUUUUCAUAUUCUACAGAUUCCUCGGAUGCAGCAUCUGCUGGCUCUUCUGUCACCUCAGGCUAUGAAAGUAGCUUUACUGUCAGUGACCAUAACUGGGAUACUUUGAUGAAAAAAUAUGAACCGGUGCUACAGGAUUGCUUGCUUGGCAACCGCAGUAAUUUAAAGUUAAAAUCCUUGAUCUUACGGCUUCAGAGGCUUCAGGAAAAAGCAGUAGAGGAAGAUGACUAUGAUAGAGGUGAGAAUUGCUCCUCCCUGCUCCCCACUG